CGUAUGUGUGUAUGCGUGUAAUGCAGUCGCUCAGUCUGACAGGUAUACUGUAGUGUUGAGGAGGUGAGGCUGGCACACACUGACAUGCGGCAGCUCUCUCUUCCACCGCGUCCUUGCCCAUUCAACCCAGGCUGACAGUGAGCUGCCUCACACAUGGCCUGGGCCUCAUGCAUAUGGAGGAGGGCAGCGAGAGGGAAAACAAGAAUAACAACUACCCAUGUUUGUGUGUAUGUAUAUCUAAUCCCUCAAUUUUUCUUCACAACCUUGGGCAUCACUGGGGCCAUCCUCUACCUGAUCCGUCUGUCAAGAGGGCCUCAUGUCACCCUCUGGGACAAGAACAACAACCCAGAGCCCUGGAACAAACUUGACCCAACCUACCAGUACAAGUUUGUGGCCAUCAACACAGACUACAAGAACCUGAAGAAAGAGGGCCCUGACUUCUAAAGGUCCUCCAGGCAGCUCCGGGGGCACUAGGUUUGGCAGGACCCCCGCUGUCUCCUCACUGAUGUGAAAUGUCUUCCUCUACAUUUCCUCAGUCUCACAUCGUGGUCUGCUACAGCGGCUCUGAAUUAACACUGUAACCUUGUGAAUAAAAAUGAUUAAAUAUGACACAAGACAGAGAGCUGGUUCUUCUGUGUAUGAUCAUAAACAUUGUUUAGAUGCAACUUGUUUUCAUGUUGGGUAUUAAUCAUCAUUCAGUAAAACAGUAACAAUGCUGAUAAUCUGUUAAUAUUUUCUGGUGGUGCACC